UAACCAAACGUGGGCGUGGUCAGAUGAGCAGGCGUGGUCUGAGGGGGCGGGGCCGGCGGCGGUGCAGAACGCUGCUGCUCAGUGCCCGCGGGCUCCCCACCCGGCGCUAGUCGGCUGUGCCGGCGGAGAGGUUCUCAGGCGCUAGCGCUGGAGCGUUCCCGGGACGCUCACCGAAGCUGCUGGGUUCCCAGAGAGCAGGAGCCGCUCAGAGACCAGACUGUAGCAAUCUCACGGCCGGCGGAGGACCAUUUAUUCCACGGACCGAGGACAAGGGCAUGUUGGGCGGCGGCAGUGACGCGGGCCUGGCCACCGCCGCGGCGCGGGGGCAGGUGGAGACCGUGCGGCAGCUCCUGGAAGCCGGCGCAGAUCCCAACGCCGUCAACCGCUUCGGGAGGCGCCCAAUCCAGGUCAUGAUGAUGGGCAGCGCCCAGGUGGCAGAGCUGCUGCUGCUCCACGGAGCAGAACCCAACUGCGCCGACCCUGCCACCCUCACCAGACCUGUGCACGACGCAGCUCGGGAGGGCUUCCUGGACACGCUUGUGGUGCUGCACAGGGCAGGGGCACGGCUGGAUGUGUGUGACGCUUGGGGCCGCCUGCCGGUAGACUUAGCUGAAGAGCAGGGCCACCGUGAUAUUGCGAGGUAUCUACACGCUGCCACUGGAGAUUGAUUGCAGGUUCCCUCCGCCUCCGGCAAGGACUUUUUUCUCCCCAGCCCCAUCUAGGAAGACUGCAAGCAUAAAGAGAAGGAGCAGCCUGCAGGCCUUCCAGAACUUGAACCCUAUCCAGGAAGGCAAAGCCAAUCCGAAGUAACUUCCUACGUGUUUUCAGCAACUGAAUCUGGCUCUUGAUCCUCACCCUGAAGCCGCGGGGAUCACCAAGGAGAUUUAGUAUUGUAUGAAGUACCUUUCAGAACGUGGUGUAAAGUAGCAAGGGAAACUCUUGAAUCUCCCAAGAAGCUGCAGCUGCUGCUGCUGCGGGGAAUUGGAGACUGCUUGACAUUUGGAUGGGAGCAGUCAGUACCUUCCCCUGUGAACUCAAAAUGCAGCCGGGCGGUGGUUGCGCACGCCUUUAAUCCCAGCACUUGGGAGGCAGAGGCAGGUGGAUUUCUGAGUUCGAGGCCAACCUGGUCUACAAAGUGAGUUCCAGGACAGCCAGGACUACACAGAGAAAAAACCCUGUCUCAAAAAAAAAAAAAAAAAAAAAAAAAAAAAAAAAAAAAAAAAAAGUCCUCAGGCUAGAGGGAGACCUGGAGAGUUGAUGAGAGGCUCUGAGUGGUUCUGUGCACGGUCAUGUGUGAGGAUUUACCUGCAAAAUGGCAUUUAUAGAAUCCGAGGAGUCACCUCCAGUUCCACAAGAAAAAUAGUGAAAUUGAAAACAAUAGAUCUCUGCUAAACUGUGACUGUGACCUUGACAGACUCCACGUGUUCACCGCCCAAUGGUGAAUUGUAAUGUGUUGUAAUGUGUAGCAGUUUACUCUAUGCAAAAUAGUUUAAGAGCCCCUUUAGAAACUUCCUACAUUUGAGUUGCUCUUUAGUAACAGUGUAUUUAAUGAGGAAAACCUUUAACAGUGUAACAGAGGUGAGACUGAAAUGCAUCUUGGUUUUGUUCGGUUGGAUUUUUUUGGUUGGUUGGGUUUUUUUUCCCUUCUUUCCUUCCUUUUCAAAGCGUGCUUUUCUCUGUACCUAAAGCUAACCUCAAGCCAGGCUACCCCUGCCUUAGUCUCCCAAGUACUGGGCUUACAGCCUGCACCCCUCCCGAAUCCCAGCUUCUCAUGAGACUGUAACACACCUAGUGGCAAAGCACAUGUUGCUUUUGUCUUUAAGCUGUUUAUCCCUCUGUUCAGUGUUCCUGUAAGUGUCUCAGAGGAACUAUUCUAGGUAUCCUGUUAGAUGACAGGUCUGCUGAUGUAGUCAGUUACCUUGGGCUACUUCCCAAAGGCUACUAAAAGAGAUUGAGCAUGAACUUAGUGAAAUCAAAUGACAACUCAUAGGCUGUACUGCUGUCUGCUGAACAAAUUGUGGAUGUACUCUGGGGGACUUCCAGUGUGCCUUGGUUCAUUUUCCAUUUAAACAAUUGAUAUAUUAUUGUUUUAAUAAAAAAUAAACAGUAUAGGUAGA